UUUUUCAGUCUACCAAUAGCAGAACAGCCCUUGACAAUCACACCGGAAGAAGGGAAAAACAAACAUGGCUUAGUUUUCCGUCAACGUACCAUAACUUUACAAUAUGCUCCGGCGUUGGAGCAACUCACUGCUGUCUGGAGUAAACGUUGCAACUCUACUCGUAUGCUUUGUUAUAUAUUACAUUCUUUAUUACUACUUGAAACGACGACGUCGCUUGGUUAACAUUCCUCCGGGUCCGAAGCCGUGGCCGAUAGUGGGAAAUUUCGGAGGGUUUCUCAUCCCUUCGUUCGUCCGCAAGAGGUUCGGAAAGCCGGCGAAGCCGAACUGGACACCCGUGGAGGCGUUGAGGGAGCAAGCCGCGCGUUACGGCGACGUGUUCAGCCUGUUUGUGGGCGCACAGCUCAUAGUGGUGCUGAACGGCUAUGACGUCAUUCGUGAUGCCCUGCUGAACCAUGCAGAAGUUUUCUCUGAUAGGCCGGACAUCCCUGCGGUCACCAUCAUGACCAAACGCAAAGGAAUUGUCUUUGCACCAUAUGGGUCAGUAUGGAGAAAGCACCGGAAGUUCUGCCACGCUUCUCUUCGCACAUUCGGUUUGGGCAAACUUAGCUUGGAGCCUUGCAUCCUCCAAGGCCUGGAGACCAUUAAAAGCGAGCUGAUGAGACCACGUGAAGAUGAUUGCAAAGGUGGCGUAGAUUUGACGCUAAUGGUGAGCAACGCCGUCUCCAAUGUUAUCUGCUCUCUGGCCCUUGGGGAGCGCUUCCCCCAAGACGACCGGCAGUUCGCCACCCUGCUGGGCCUGAUGGUGCGAGGCCUGGAGCUGUGCGUCAACAGCCCCGCUGUCCUCAUCAACGUCUUCCCGCCGCUGUACCACUUGCCCUUCGGGGUCUUUGGCGAGAUCCGGCAGGUGGAACGUGACAUCAGCGCCUUCCUGAAGAGGCUCAUCGCCAAGCAUCGCGACACGCUGGACCCGGACAACCCCCGAGAUUUGGUGGACAUGUAUCUGGCAGAGAUGGCGGCUCAGAGGAGUGCGGGUGUGGAGGACAACAGUUUCGAUGAGGACUACCUCUUUUACAUCAUUGGAGAUCUCUUCAUUGCGGGUACCGACACUACUACCAACUCUCUUCUGUGGAUCAUGCUCUACUUGGUUGUGCAUCCGAACAUCCAAGAGAAGAUCCAAGCCGAAGUGGAUGAGGUGGUCGGACGAGGCCGUGUGCCGUCUCUGACUGACCGUGGCAGCUUGCCCUUCACCGAGGCCACCAUCAUGGAGGUCCAGAGGCUGACUACCGUGGUUCCUCUAGCCAUUCCGCACAUGGUGUCCAAGACCACUGACUUUCGAGGCUUCACGAUUCCCCGAGGAACAGUCCUCCUGCCCAACCUGUGGUCAGUCCACCGAGACCCCGCCGUGUGGGACCAGCCCGACAGCUUCAGGCCGGAACGCUUUCUGGACGAGGAGGGCAAGCUUGCAAGGAAAGAGUGCUUCAUGCCCUUCGGGAUCGGUCGCAGGGUGUGCAUGGGUGAGCAGUUGGCCAAGAUGGAGCUCUUCCUCAUGGUCACUGGCCUGCUGCAGGCUUUCACCUUCCGGCUACCGGCAGGAACGCCGUCACCUCCCAUGCAUGGACGUUUUGGCCUGACGCUGGCACCGUGCUCCUUCACAGUGUGCGCCACACCUCGUGGGUGAAGUUAGCCGACUGGACGCCCGGGAAGACAAAAGGGUGCAAUAUACAUGAACGCUCACUAGACACUUUAUUCAGUACAUUUGCACAAGACCCCAUUUGCUCAAGGAAGUUGAAUGAACUAAUUAACAUAUCUAAAAUGUAUGUGGAGUUCCACUGAAAUGUGAAAAAUUGUUCUUCCGGGAAAAAAUAGGGUUCUAUUUAAAGGGAAUGAAAGGAGUUACUUUGAUGGCAUUUCCAUCAGUGACAGUUCCAUACAUAAACACAAAAUAAAUUUUACAAAGUUCACUGUGAGACAGUAGAACUAUGUGCUAAGCCAUUCACUUAAAUAAAUACAUGUAAAUGUAUUAAAUAGAAUAUUUAUAUAAACACCAGUGCUUUAGCAAUUGGUUUACAUGUUAUAAUAAUAUUGUGGAAAUUGAUGCAGAUUCUUGAGGUAUUAUGUUAGAAACAAAAUUAUUGUGUGUGAAAUGUUACAUUUCAU